AGAGAGAGAGAGAGACUGAAACCCCAUAAUGCACUGCACGCUGCAGGGCUGAAGUCGUGCAGAUUCAUCAGUUCCUGUUCGUGGGGAUUGUGUGUGAGUGCACACACACUCAUACACCCAGACCGAGUGCAAGAGAAACACACUGACAACCAGGCAGAGAGAAGUGCCUUCUUCCGCCGACCCCCGUGGCUGUUUGGCUCCAUUGAAGCCACCUCUGCCUCUGUGCCUGUCCAUGUCUGCUGGAGUUGCCAGCCACACUAGGAGCCCCAGGACUGCCAGGACUGCCAACCUCAUCCACUGAGCCAGUCUCCACACCACUGACACCUCCCUGCUUCCCUCCUAUCUACAUCCAUGCCAUUCAGCCCUCCUCUGUGGAAGUCAACCAGUCCCCUCUCAUCUGCAGACAGAGUCUGAUACCGAAGACAGACAGCUUUUAUCGGCUCCAGUGAGCGGAAGGAGAUUGUCGCUUUGCUGUCCCCUCCACCAAAGCCUACUCCACCUCAUCCUUCUCCGUCUCUUCCUCUUUCUCCUCCUUCCUCCUUUCCUCCAGCCCUGUGUCUUUUCAUCAUGGGCCAACUCAAUCGAUAAUGUGUUUUGCUAUUCAUCUCAUCUGACAGUUCAGCCGUGGAGCAAGGCGAUAGAGAGGACUGGAGAGUGUGUGUGUGUUAGAGAGAGAGGACGAGAGAUUGCAAAGCAAACCUCUGUGGCCGUCACCAGCCCAGGCCCUGGGUGACAGGCGGUGAAGGAUUCCUAUUACAGCCACAAACAGACUCUUAGGAUGGGCCACAGGUGGUAGACAAGUCCCAGGCCUCACAGGCUUCACCUCAGAAUCAGAGCCCCAGGACAAAACCUCUUAAAACUGGCUUUUUCCCCAUGUCAUUUACUUAUUCAUUCUUCUCAUUCGUCCCAGUGUCAUUAGAAACAUACAGACGCACACAUAACUGCAUUUGCUGGAUAUCUGUCGCUCUCAAUCGCCCCUUUCUGCCUGGUUCAAAAUGGCGGUGAAUGUGACACCGAUCCGGGACACAAAGUGGCUGACGUUGGAGGUUUGUCGGGAAUUCCAGAGAGGAACGUGUUCUCGACCGGACAGCGAGUGCAAGUUCGCCCACCCUGCCAAGAGCUGUCAAGUGGAAAAUGGCAGAGUCAUUGCCUGUUUUGACUCACUCAAGGGCCGCUGUUCCAGGGAGAACUGUAAGUACCUGCAUCCUCCUCCUCACCUAAAGACCCAGCUGGAGAUCAAUGGAAGGAACAACCUCAUCCAGCAGAAAAACAUGGCAAUGCUGGCCCAGCAGAUGCAGCUUGCUAAUGCCAUGAUGCCUGGCACACAGCUACAGCCAGUGCCCAUGUUUUCAGUCACACCCAGCCUUGCAACCAAUGCCAAUGCUGCUGCAGCAGCGGCCGCUGCGUUUAACCCCUACCUUGGCCCAGUGUCGCCCGGCCUGAUGCCCGCUGACAUCUUGCCCAGCGCCCCUGUACUGGUCACCAGCAACCCCAGUGUCCCCGUACCUGCUGCUGCUGCUGCUGCUGCACAGAAACUCAUGAGGACAGACAGACUGGAGGUGUGUCGGGAAUACCAGCGGGGCAACUGUACACGUGGGGAGAACGACUGUCGCUUUGCCCAUCCUGCAGAUAGCACUAUGAUUGACACCAACGACAACACAGUCACUGUGUGUAUGGACUACAUUAAGGGCCGCUGCUCGAGGGAGAAGUGCAAGUACUUUCACCCUCCAGCUCACCUGCAGGCCAAGAUCAAAGCCGCCCAACACCAAGUCAACCAGGCUGCGGCUGCUGCAGCCAUGACUCAAUCGGCUGUCAAAUCACUGAAGCGACCCCUCGACGCAACUUUUGACCUGGGGCUCCCUCCCGUCUUGCCUCCUUUACCAAAGAGACCUGCACUUGAAAAAGCCAACGGUGCCACCACAAUGUUCAAUGCUGGCGUAUUCCAGUACCAACAGGCCCUGGCCAACAUGCAGUUUCAACAGCAGGCUGCCUUCAUACCAUCAGGCUCGAUAUUGUGCAUGACACCUGCAACAAGUGUUGUACCCAUGAUGCACGGUGCUACUCCAGCCACUGUGUCUGCAGCCACCACAUCUGCCACAAGUGUUCCCUUUGCAACCGCAACAGCCAAUCAGAUUCCAAUAAUAUCUGCAGACCAUCUGACUAGUCACAAGUAUGUGACCCAGAUGUAGGAGUCUCAAUCAGAACAAUGGAAUUGGAGUGUGCCGGUGUCCAGUCCAAGAUUAGCGGUCACCCUUCAUGCCUGUAACAUCAAGAGCAAAACGGAGAACCAAAUCUAAACUGGUUUGGAAUAAAUCUGCAUGUUAACAUAGGAGGCACAGUUUGUUAGGAUUGUUUUCAUGUGUACUUCAUGCACACUAUUACACAACAACAGAAAAGAACAUCAUUUGCAUUACAGACUGCCUUUCGCUCUGUAGAGGCAACUUACCUUUAUUCACCGGACACACUUUGAAUGUUAAAAUGAGGUUAAUGUGUGGAGCGGUCGUUAAAAAAAAAUCGACUGCUGGAUUGGUACGUCCAUUGACCAAGAAUCAUGACUUAUGUUGUUUGUUUGUUCAUUGAUUGUUGGUCUUUGACCUAAAUGUGUUCAUUUGUUUACACAAAGGCGCACCUUGUAUUUCAGUUGAGGUAAAAGAAACAAAUAAUCUGACUGAAUCACAUAUGCAUGCACAAUGAUUUUCAUUACGAUUUUAUUUUGUUAAACCAGUGAUAAGGGAAAUUACAUGAGUGCACUCAGAGGCAAAAUAGCAACUGAAUGUCUGUGAGGUGUCUUUCAAACCUUUGUAGCCUACCUUUCUAUCUCUUAAGCACAUGUCUUUAACCUUGCAGGCAUCCCUGUAAAGUGCCAUACAUCUCAAAAUAAAUGAAUGGUAUUCAAGCAGUGUUACAAAGUAUUAAACUCAACACUUCCCUUUAAUACGUCUCUAUUUUCUCUCUUGGACAGCAUGUAGUGUCCAAUGUCGUGACCUGUCAUUACCUGUGAUUCCAACUAGCAUCACUGCUGAUUAGAUUACCUUCCCCGGAUUGUCUGCUUUACUCAAAUCUUCUACUGAAUGAAUAGAUUUUUAAUUUUUUUUUUUCUUAGACCUUAUUGUUGAUGUCAGUUGUUUAGACAGGAAAUGACUGGAUCUGUGCAGACAGAUCUCUCCAUGUUCAUUAAGACUAUUGACUCUAAAAGUCAGAUGAGUUGUUUGUGCGUGAGAGACCAAAGACUCUCCCAACGAUGAAGAUGUAAUGAUGAAUAGCUUUGAAACAACAGGGCGGUCAGUUGGUAUCCAAAGUGCUGUGAUACAGAAGUCAAAAUCUAUAGUGCAACUGGUGAUGGAUAUGUGAUUUGUAUGACCUGAUUUGUUUUUCAUUUGUAUGGUUACACAUAUUUUAAGGCAGGUUGUAAAAGUAGAUUUAGUGUAAUGUAUAUAUAGUCUGACAUAUUUAAGAAUAUUUGUUAAAUACGUCUACCUGAGAACUGUUUUCAGAUAGUCAGCCAAAGUCUUUUUGUGUCACUGUUACUAGAUAUUGUGGGUAGACUAGUGGGGCGAGCCCAAUGAAGGAUCGGGUGUUUAGAGUAGAUCUCUAGAACUCUUUGUUUUUGUUGUGUUCUGGGUGUUCUUCAGGCAUAUUUAAUUGGUGGAUAGUACAGGGAAAGUGGCAAGAAUUUAAACGAUUGUAUUACUCAUCCAAAGCCUUAGAAUGUACCAUCGGGUCAGCACAAUGCAACAUGCCAUUUUGAACCAUCCAGAUGCCUAAUCCACGCCAUAUUAAUUAUAACACACACACAGAGCACUAUGUAAUUGUCACUUUUUUUGUCAGUGUUUUCUUAACUUUCUUGUAGUUUUUCUUUAGAUGAGGAGUGUUUUACUUUAUUUUGUUUGGAUGAUAUUUUGAUAUUAGUUCUGAUUUUUAGUUUUGCUUAUUAUAUUUAUCUUUCUUAUAAUGAAUAUAAGGUAAAAGUGUGUGUUUGUGUGUUCCUCAUGCACAGUUUCCUGAAAUUCCAUGUAAUGUUGAUUUUAGUAUGAUUAUGAUUGUAAACUCAAUAUUUUCUACGUUAUGCAUAUUGUUGAACUGUAUGCAUAUUGUUCAUUUCUCUAGUCUUUUUGUGUUCUUUGAACAAAGAUGUUUUAUAUGAGUAUCUAACAGUGAUGAAUAAUAGAACAGAGAGGCUGAGUUGUCACUGUGGCAACCGUUGCCGAUAACCGAGUAAUAUUUUAAUGAUUGUAAGGUUUGUAACUAGUCAUAUAAGAAAAAAAAGACUAUUAUAAAAAUCUAGUUCUUAGAUGUUUAGAGUAAAGAUGUUAUUUUCUACUGUAUCCAUUUCAAAUAGUAACUAUUGUUUUAAUAUUUUUACUCUCCCUGGAAAUUGGGCCAUGUUGGAAAACAAGCUGCAUAUUUGAUCACUUUUUCAGGGGCGUUGCUGGCGGGGUCAGGUGAACGUGGUGAGUAGGGAACUGAGUCUGCACACUCAUCUCUUCCUCAGCCAACUGCAAACAACAAGGGUGGGGUGGGGAAUCUUGAGGCGAUAAAGGUGAUAAAGGUUGACUUUUUUGCACUUCUGUACAUAGUCAAAAAAGAGAGAAUCAUGUAUAUUGAGAUCUUAUUUUGAAUAAAAAAAAAAUAAUGUCUAUAAUGACAAGGAAUUUUGCUAGGAUAACAAAAAAAAUCUUAUGAAAGGCUGAACAAAAUUGCUUGCAUCAAAAGGGCACUGAGUUCUCACUCUCCUACCCGUUUCAGAAAAGGCCAAGUGUUGCUCUUCUUUUUUGUCAGCAGCUUGUAGUUUGCCAGGUAACCUUCCGGAGGAGGCGUCCACUACCCUCCAGCGUAAGGGCCUGACUGGGUUUGUCUGGUCCCCUAACCUGCCUGUACUGACAGGUCUGUGUGUCAUGGGCACGCCCUCCCAGGCCCAACCAAUCACAACACGUCCUGUCUCUUUACUUUACUCAGAGAGGAAUGCAUGUUAAAGGAAAUACAUAUACCGUUUAAAAAAAUCAUGACACAGUAAUACUGAAUAAGAAAACAUGUUACACAGAAAGAUGUAUUUACAGUAUACAAUAUUCUAUCAAUGUAAUGGAAUAAAAUAUAUAUAAAAAUACAAAAAUAGAAUAGUGGUUUAUUUAAAAAAAAAAAAAAAAGAUUCCUGAGAAUAUACUCACUAAAGUUUCACCACUUGGAGAGUCAAAAUACAUGCAACACAGACACCAUAGUUAUAAGUAUGUUCUUUCUGUUAAUGUAAGCUGUGCUUCUAGUAGAUGAAACUGACCAAACAGGAAUGUAGUUCAACAUCAGGCAGAAUUUAAGAAUAAUUUCAGAUUGAAAUACUCUUUGGUGGUUUGGUCAUAAACUUGUUAGUUUGAAAUUUUGUCCUGAUCAUCUUUGUCAUCUCUCAUCUUCUACAAGCACGCAUGCUUACGUUUAUGAUAUAAUGUAAACUGAACUUUUUUUCGUUUGUUGUUUGUUUUCUCUGCUUGUAGUGCUAAUAUGAUGUAUUCUGUCUUCUGCUGCAGUUUGUUUCUGCUUGUUUUACUGUUCCAGGCCCCCUGAAAGGAUGUGUCAUGUUUGCAUGCCGGCCACCUGUAGAGAAAACCACUGAUUGCCACAGUCUAAAGCCAUAAAAUAUAAUCUCAUCACAAUGAAAUGUGGGGGAAGAAACCAGAAAUGACACAGAGGUGGGAAAUGGUACCCUCUGAACCUGGUAUGAAUGAGUUUGCUGGGGUUUUAUUAACUACAACAUCAUGUAAUAAUUAAAGUCAUGAAUGUAAUUAAUGGAACCUGUGGUGUGCCAACUUUGAAGGAUAAGAAGUAAGUAAGUAGCUUCUUGACACAUUUUUUCAUGUGGCCUGUAUUGCUAUAUUGAUUCUUGCUGUUAUGAAUAAAAAACAUAAUAAAAAUUUACAAAUGAA